AUGGCCGACCAACCACGUAGGCCCCGGCCUGCAACUUCGCCUACACGCGAAAAAGCCCAUUCCCCAUACCGAGACUCGCCUUCUCGAAGACUCAGGGACAUUGAGACUGGUGCUCACCAACAACCUCGCAACUCUCCCUAUUCUGCACAACGCCCGGCCUACGAUCACAACCCCCCUUCUCCCAGUUCCAGAACUGGCGACUGGGAACCCAUCAUGUCCAAUCCUGCCAAUCAAUCCGACUUGGGUCGAAAGAAGUCUCUCAUCCGUCCGGAAAGGAACCGUAUCGAUCGCGAUCAUCCUAACUACCAUUAUCGCAAACAUGCCCAGAAUAUGGAGGUUUUCCCCUCAACUACCGGCAAUGAUCCCGUUCUCGAAGAUGUGACCGAAACCCGAACCAUCAGUUCUGGCAGUAUGGAGCAUGGCGCCACCCCGAAUAACCCACCUGUACCCAGCCAUGGCCCACAGACAAACAAGGCUCGCGCUCCUGGAAAAAUCGAACCCGUCGGCAAGAAAGGUCCUCCUCGCAAACUGGUAAGAAAAGAGACCCGAAACAUGACGGAGGAGGAAAAGAGACAGCAAAAAGAGUUGGAUAAAAUCAAACCACCAAGUGCCUGGAACAUCUACUGCGCCAUCAUCACCUUUUGGGUCCCUGACUUUGUCCUUCAAUGUUUUGGUAUGCCCGCCCGGGCACAGCGACGAGCUUGGAGAGAGAAAGUCGGCUUGAUCAGUCUCAUUAUUGCCAUCGCCGCUUUCGUCGGUUUCCUGACCUUCGGAUUCACACAAGCCGUCUGUUCCGCUCCAGGUCUGAGAUUGAAGAUCAACCGUGUUGAUUCAGGGUAUAUGAUCUUCCAUGGCGGUGCAUACAACCUGGACGGCUCAAUGCAUCCUGCUGCUCUUGGUGUUCCACUCGAUACCAAUGUUCUCUAUGAUCUCCCACACAAAUACGGCGGCCAAGAUGGUAGUUUCAUGUUUCAAAAAGUCAACGGCCAGUGCAAGGAUCUCAUCACACUGGCUGAGGGCUCCGAUGUCCCAACAAACGCAAAUGGUGAACUUGCCUGGUACUUCCCAUGUGUCGCAUUCAAUCAAGAUGGUUCUUCCCCCGUCAAUACCACCGUACCUUACUAUCUCGGCUACUCGUGUCAUACCACCGAAAAGGCUCGUACCACUUUCUAUCAUUUGAGGAGAGCAGGUGAUGUCUUCUUCACCUGGGAUGACAUCAAAAAUCAAUCUCGAAACCUCGUCGUCUAUUCGGGCAACGUCAUCGAUUUAGAUCUUCUUAAUUGGUUCAACGCAAGUCAAGUUGUAUGGCCGAAGCAGUUCGAUGAACUCCGAGAGAACAAGGACAUCCGUGGUAUGGAUAUCACUCAUGUUUUGCAGUCAGGGUAUGACAAGAAAGUUGGCAAAUGCCUGUCCCAAAUCGCCAAAGUGGGAAGCAUUGAUACCGAAUCAGUUGGGUGUAUUGCGUCAAAGGUCGUUCUUUACGUCUCCCUCGUCUUUAUUCUGGCAAUUGUCUUGGCCAAAUUCUUUUUGGCAUUGGCUUUCCAGUGGUUUCUUUCUCGGAAAUUCGCUGCUGCAAAAUCCACCUCAAAGAUCGACUCGAAACAACGAGCCAAGCAGAUUGAAGAUUGGAGCAAUGACAUCUACAAACCUGCCCCGAAAAUCACCGAUCCAGCAACUACAGUUUCUGGUUCGGACGGCCGAAGCAGCAAACGUGGAAGCAUGUUGUUUCCCCAGACAUCUCGAUUUACCAGCCCUUAUGCCGUCGACCGCGCUAACAAGACCAACCGCUAUCCACCAACAACCAUGACGAGCCAGUCUUCAAAUGCCAAACUUGUUCAGCCGGGAAGUGGAGUUUACAAACAUGGCCAGAAUGCUAGUCAAGCCACCCUAGACAUGCACAGAAUGAGUGGUGGAGCUAGUCGCUCUAGCCUGUACCUUUCUGGCUAUGACACUCGCCAUUCUACUGUCAUGGAUGACGGCGGAGCAAAUGGACCAUUGGGUUUCAUUCACGAGAACGUCGUUCCGCAACCUCCUCCCGAGUGGCAACCAUUUGGUUAUCCCUUGGCUCAUACCAUUUGUCUCGUCACCGCAUAUUCUGAAGGCGAAGCUGGCAUUCGUACCACUCUGGACUCCAUCGCGACAACUGACUAUCCCAACAGCCACAAGGCCAUUCUUGUCAUCUGUGAUGGUCUGAUCAAAGGAAAGGGCGAAAAUCUCACUACCCCUGAUUUUGUUCUUGGUAUGAUGGGUGACUUUGUCGUUCUUCCCGAGGAUGUUCAGGCUUUUUCCUACGUUGCCGUGUCCAGUGGUUCUAAACGUCACAAUAUGGCCAAGGUCUACGCUGGCUUUUACGAUUACGGCCAAAACUCUCAGGUUGAUCCCACAAAGCAGCAACGAGUACCUAUGAUGGUUGUGGUCAAAUGUGGGACGCCCGAUGAAGCCACUAAGAGUAAACCAGGAAACCGAGGCAAGCGUGACAGUCAAAUUAUCUUGAUGUCCUUCCUGCAAAAAGUCAUGUUUGACGAACGUAUGACUGAACUCGAAUUCGAAAUGUUCAAUGGACUCUGGAAAGUGACUGGCAUGUCACCCGACUUUUACGAAACGGUUCUCAUGGUCGACGCCGAUACCAAGGUCUUUCCCGACAGUCUCACCCACAUGAUAUCCGCAAUGGUCAAGGAUCCCGAAAUCAUGGGUCUAUGUGGUGAAACAAAGAUUGCCAACAAAAACCAAUCUUGGGUCUCCCGGAUCCAGGUUUUCGAAUACUUCAUCUCUCAUCAUCUUUCAAAGUCAUUCGAAUCAGUCUUUGGUGGUGUCACUUGCCUUCCAGGCUGCUUCUGCAUGUACCGCAUCAAGUCACCCAAAGGUGGCCAGAAUUACUGGGUUCCAAUCUUGGCCAAUCCCGACAUUGUCGAGCACUAUUCCGAAAACGUGGUUGACACACUCCACAAGAAGAAUCUGUUACUUCUUGGUGAGGACAGAUAUCUUUCUACAUUGAUGUUGAAGACUUUCCCCAAAAGAAAACAAGUUUUUGUCCCUCAAGCAGUUUGCAAAACCACGGUACCUGAUGAGUUCAGCGUCCUGCUUUCUCAACGUCGUCGAUGGAUCAAUUCUACCAUUCAUAAUCUGAUGGAAUUGGUCUUGGUUCGAGAUCUUUGUGGCACUUUCUGCUUCAGUAUGCAAUUUGUCGUCUUCAUCGAACUUAUUGGUACAUUGGUGCUUCCGGCUGCCAUCUCUUUCACAGUUUACCUCAUCGUCAUCUCGAUUGUUAAGCGACCAGUGCCUGUUAUCCCAUUGAUUUUGCUUGGUCUCAUCCUGGGUCUUCCCGCUAUCUUGAUUGUUCUCACAGCGCACCGAUGGUCUUAUAUCCUAUGGAUGUUGAUUUAUCUGUGUUCUUUGCCAAUCUGGAAUUUCGUCCUGCCGGUGUAUGCAUUCUGGAAAUUCGAUGAUUUCAGUUGGGGUGAUACUCGGAAGACAGCGGGCGAGAAAACAAAGAAAGCAGGUAUCGAAUAUGAAGGAGAAUUCGAUAGCAGCAAAAUCACCAUGAAGAGAUGGGGAGAUUUUGAAAAGGAACGACGAGCCCAAGCCAGCGGCAUUCCUUGGUCAUCGCGGCCGCAAAGCGGGUAUAACUCGACACAACAGUUUGAACCAUAUUCUGACUACUAA